UUUAAGCACACUAUAUAAUUAUUUAACAAAAAAGGCCAAAUUUAUGCUUGACAAAAAGCGUUUUUUUAACUAUUAAUAAUUUUCACGUUAAACUACUAAAUGACUGUACUCCACGCAAAUCCUAAACUGUUUAAAUCGGUGAGAUAUCUUAACGAUGUCCUUUUUAUUAAGAAAAACCGAAACCUCCCUAGUCCACUCGUAUGUGUUUCUAGGCCUAUCAUGCCCGGUCUAAUAUGGCGGCGCUGUUGACGUAUCACAGCAACGGGCUCAAUGCGUCUAGUGUGUUUUUCUUUAUUUUUUAUUAUUGAACUUCAAAGAAAUACAAUAAAACAUUUUCAAUUACAGUUAAAACUUAAGUAAAAAAAUAAAUGUGCAAAGUAUAUUCGUCUAGUAUGUCUAAUGGACCAAUCGAAAGGUCUGCACAUCUAAUUUCAACCGCAAAUUGUAUUUCAACAUACUACGAUUGGCGACAAACACUAAUGCUAGUUUUGAAUACUACGUAGGACGGAUAGUAUAUUAAAAUAAGUGGAAAUUUCUAUCUCAAACGACAUGCAUACUAGACUUCUUUUUCUUUCACACUGUGGCUAAACAACCAUUACAACUAAAGUACAAUAACAAAUGGCCGUACUUUGUCUUUUUACCUAAUAUUUGUUUGUCAAGUUGUUAUUGACUUCGUUGUUGAGGGAAAUAGUCUUAACCACCCAGUUGGUUGGCUGCUCUUGGUUUUCGGCCGGUUUGGUCACCCAGUUAGGCCAAAUUGGUGAUUAGCAGGUACCAUAAAACUACCCGGAGAAACGACACACUUGGCAGCCGAGAUUACAAUAAGAAAAUGUUCAUUUUAAAUCUUAAGAAGAUCGAGUCAAUCUCACCUCUUGUCAAGCAGUUGAAUUCACGCAGACGCAGCGACUGUGAAAGAGUGGACAAAAGCCUCUCUAGGACGAGACCUAUAUGGAAACAAGAUGGCAGAGCCCCACGAAUGUCUGACACGUUAGAGCGGCCCGUUCUGCUCAAACCUUUUACAACGUCACCUGGACUGACUCUUGUGAAGAGUUGUAGAAUGGAUGAACAGAGAUGUAUCCUCCCACCACCUCUCAAAACGGAAGAAGACUACAUCCCCUAUCCCAGCGUCCAUGAGGUGUUGGGUCGAACCGGUCCUUUGCCGCUGAUUCUGCUCCCCCAGUUUGGUGGUUACUGGAUUGAGGGGACCAAUCAUGAUUUAGGCUCCUCCUCUGCGCCGGAAGAACCGCCCCCGUGUCCUACAUCGCAGUGUACACUGGAGACAAACAGCAUAGCCAAGAUCUACAGGGAGGACUUUUUGGGAAAGGAGCACUUCAAUUAUUACUCGGUGGACAGCGUCUUGGGCCACCUGGUCUUCUCCGUAAAAUAUGAUGUGAUUGGAGACCAGGAGCAUCUGCGACUGUUGCUCAGGUCAAAGUAUAAAACCCACCAUGAUGUGAUACCCAUUUCAUGUCUGACCGAGUUCCCCAAUGUGAUCCAGAUGGCAAAGCUUAUCUGUGAAGAGGUGAAUGUGGACAGAUUUUACCCCGUCUUAUACCCGAAGGCGUCUAGACUCAUCGUGACCUUUGAUGAGCAUGUCAUCAGCAACAAUUUUAAGUUUGGAGUAGUUUACCAGAAAUUUGCACAGUCUACAGAGGAGGAAUUAUUUGAGAACACUGAGGAAAGUCCGGCCUUUGUUGAGUUUUUAGAGUUCUUAGGAGAGAAGAUUGAACUUCAUGACUUCAAAGGUUUUCGGGGUGGUCUGGAUGUGACACACGGUCAAACGGGAACCGAAUCAGUCUACUGCAACUUCCACAACAUAGAGAUCAUGUUCCACGUGUCCACUAAACUGCCGUACACGGAAGGAGAUUCUCAGCAGCUCCAGAGGAAAAGGCACAUAGGAAAUGACAUCGUGGCUAUAGUUUUUCAGGAGGAAAACACACCGUUUGUACCAGAUAUGAUCGCGUCCAACUUUCUGCACGGUUAUGUAGUGGUUCAAGUGGAGAACGCCUGCACAGAUAAUGUUCUGUAUAAGGUAUCUGUGACAGCGAGAGAUGAUGUGCCUUUCUUUGGACCAACUCUCCCAGAGCCUGCCAUCUUUAGAAAGACUCCUGAGUUUCACGAGUUCCUCAUGACCAAACUGAUCAAUGCUGAAUAUUCCUGCUACAAAGCUGAAAAGUUUGCCAAAUUGGAGGAGAGAACCCGUUCUGCUCUUAUGGAGACUUUAUAUGAGGAGCUUCAUGUUAACAGUCAGUCUAUGAUGGGUCUGUGUGGAGAUGAUGAUAAACUGGAGAAUGGAGGAGGAGGCGGAGGAGGAUUCUUUGAAACUUUUAAGCGUGUGAUCCGCAGUAGAAGUCAGUCGAUGGACGCGAUGGGCCUCAGUAACAAGAAGCCACACACAGUCUCCACAAGCCACAGCGGGAGUUUUACACACAACCCUCCAGAAACCCCCAAAACAGCCGGCAUCUCUUUGAACAUCCCUGGAAAAAGCCCGACCAGGAAGAAAUCUGGCCCGUUCACCUCCAGGAGGAGCAGCGCGAUUGGGAUCGAGAACAUACAGGAGGUUCAGGAGAGAAGCAGCAGAGAGGUGUCUCCCAUUCCACAGAGAUCUGACUGCAGCUUUACUCAAGAACUCCGAUUAGACAACUCGUCCAAUCACAGCUCACCUGAGAUGCCCACCACCAAGUUCGGUUCUGCACUGUGCUGUCGAGCUCCUUCCAUCCCCGAGUCUCAGGACCUCUCUCGCUCCUCGUCCAACGCCAGCAGCUUCACCAGCGUGGUGGAGGAGAACGAGCACCAAACCGGAGCGGCGGAAGAGUACGACACCGGACCGGAGAGCCUGUCAUUGGCCGGGACGCCACAGAAGCGAGACUCAUUUCCAUACAGCGCUGUGUGGCUGGAGGACAGCUCCGCUCCUACAAACCAGAGCAGCUCACAUGGUCCCCAUCGACAGCAGUCUGAACCCCGUCCCAAAACAGAGAGACAACACUCGAACUGUUAGCCGUCCAGCAGGCUGUAGAUGACUUUACAGACGUCCAUCAGCAGCAUUUUCAUAAGCAGCCCUCCUGCAGCGAAGACUCUGUGUGCUCACUAGACACUGAAUACUGAGUUGUUCGAGCCAAGUGUGGAUCAGAAUAUCAGCACACUAUUAAGGGCACGAGCCUUUAUUCUCUAUCAUAUGACUGUUGGCCUAUAGGUGAAAUGACAAACCUGCCUAACAUGUCGUCUUUGGCCACGGCCGACUGUGAUGACGUCAGAUAUCCACGACAAUAGUUGGCAGUAGAGAAGAUCUUCUGUCACUUCUGUUGAACAUCAAUGCUUUUAUCAUCAACUUCUUCCUUUCUCUGGCCCUCAAUUUUUUAUUCUUUCUAAUUAUUUAUUUAUUGAAGUUCUCUGUGGGAGUAGAUCUUUUGGGGACAUCUGUAUCUCUGGAAAUAUUAAGGUUCGUCCUAAACCCAUCACCCUUGUGAACACACAACUUUCUCAACCUUUAACCCGACCGUGUCGUUUCGAAAAUUGUUUGUUGCCUUUUGUGUUGUUCUCUGUCUGUGAUGAAUAAUGAUGUUGUUAUUGAUAAAUGUUAAGUGUUGUCUGUA